UUAGGUGGGGUCUCGUCUCGGCUUAUCUCGCCUCUUCGCGUAUAUUACGAUGUCGGCCCGGGAGCGCGAGCAGUUCCCCGCAAAGCCGGCGCAAAGUUAGCCGCGAGCUAAGACGCGCGCGAUCUCACAUUUUCACCCGACCGAACGCGUAACGGUCACCGCCACUCGGCUCGACCAAUCGGGAGCGAGCGUCGCCUGGCGGCCGACCAAUCAGAGACGAGCGCUGCGAGGCGCGGACCAAUCACAGACGAGCGCUGCCAGGUGCGGACCAAUCACAGGCAACCUCUCGUCCGCCAAGCCGGCUAACUCGUGCUCUCUCUCAGUGGCCCUCCAGUCGAAGUCGAACGACGCCGAUCGCGCAGAACCGGCAAGGAUGAUUUUGAUCCUGUGGACGAUCCUCGUCUUGGACCUCGCCCAAGCGUUCCUCACCGCGCCUCUACCAGCUUAUGCCCAUGGGUUAUCGGCCUUCGACGGCGCCGGGAGCGUCAAGCACUCGGAGAGGAAAGACAUCCCCAGGGAGAGCCGGGAGGACGAGCCCAGGAUGCAUCGCCAGAAGGAGGACGAGCAGACCGUCUACGUGAUAGAGUUCGAGACCGAGACGAACGACAGGGACGGCAGCGCGAGGAGUGAUAACACUACCGCGAGUGGCAACACUCAGAGUCCUCUGGACCCGUGGUCCAUAGUCUGGUACAUCGGCUCCUUCGGGGGACUGGUGGCGUUCUUCCUGAUAGUGAGCUGCUCGGAGUGGUGCUGUCGUCGAGGCGCUCGCCCCCUCUCGGUACCCUACACCCAGAGGGGAGAAGUGAUAGGGCCCUCCCCGGGUGUAACCGACACCCCUCCGCCGCCUUAUCACCUGUUCGCACCCCCGCCGUACGACUCCGUAAACUACGGGGUGAUAGCUGACAAGACGGGCGCCGACAAGGUGGACAUAUUCGUCAUCUCCGUGCCUCUUCGGGGACCGGCUAGGCAGCCCUCCUAAGGCCCUUCGACGCCCGGGAUCCUCCAGGGGAUUCGGGAACUGAUCGUCCGAACUGCUCCUGCUCGCCAGGAAACCCGAGUCUGGGUCCCUAGGGUCCUAGUGAGACUCUUGGACGACGCCCAAGGACGUCCAUACCAAGAAAUGGACGAUGAAGUCCAGACGUUGGUGCCAGGCGAGUCCUGGUCCAGGGCUCCGCGUCGUCGUCUCUAGGAUGAGGCCUUCCUAGACUGGAGAGAGUCCUCGGGAGUCGCUCCGACCGGGCACAUCUAGAAGGAUAUUUACAAGGAGACGCGUUAACGUUGGCAAAUCUGCAACUCGAGCCGAGUUUCGGUGAAGGUUUAGAAGCCAAACACCGAAAUAAACUCCCGCGGUAGGUCUGCGCUCGACUUGCUGCGUCUUAGAGGAGCGAUUCAGUGUCCUGGGACACUUUCGGGGGGGAAUUAAGGGUGCACGUUGACUCGUUCCACCGGAGAACUUGAAACCUCGUCGUGUUGAAGUGGGAUUUUAGUUCUGGUUAUGGAAAGCGGCGCCCAAAGUACCGCCUACCGCGUGUCGAGGAAAUCCGACUAUCGACUCCGGUUAUCUGUGGAUGAUUGAAGUCCUCGAGACUGUGCUCAAUGACUGGUGAUGUAAUGCGCGGAAGUAUACGUAGAUUCACGUACAGAGACAUAGGUGUAUACCGGGAAGAUCCGGGCUUUCUGAAUGACUCGAUGCGUUUUCGAACGACCGUGCCCAUUGUCCCCGAUAGGAACGUCAUUUCGCGCCGGGAUUGCAUUUCCGCGUCUCAUCCCAGAGGCUCGAUGACUCCUCGUGCGAGUGCUCGACGGUCUCUCGGGAAAGUCCGGUCGCAAUUGCGCUCGUUAGCGAUCGGCUGCAAUGAGUCACAGGAUCGUUAAAGUCGUUCCGAGGAUCGUUAGAGCCGGCCCCUUUUGCGACCAGACCCCGCGAGAGGCGAAAAGGAUUCCGCAAUCUCGGGGGAAACAAACGACCGUCCGCUUAGGCUUACCUAGGCGUUAAUUGGAGAUCCUACCGAGCUUUAAUCGCUGCCGGUAUAUUGACAAAUUGUUCUUAACCAUGGAAAUUGAACAGUUUGAAGGCGCAGUUUUGCAAUGGGGUAACGAGCCCUCGCGAGAUAACGAGGCCCUUAUCGGCCGAUUUCUUGGAUGGCUGGAUCCGACUUCGAUUCUCUCGGAAUCAAUCUGAAAGUAGCUACGUUAUCAUAUCCUGCAGGCGAGCGAGGAUGAGAAAUCGCGCUUUUCGAUUAAACGCGGAGCGUUUAAUCAGCCGGGAACUGCGACGAAUCGAAAUGGGCUCUGGAAUCAGAAGGAAGCGGAUCGGCUGAUAAUAAUUUACGCUUGGUGAUUAAAUCGAUACCUCAAUACGCGGCCCGGAUUGUGAAAGCCUGUGAAAAUAACUCCAAGGUGACCGGUCAUCAAGAUCUGAUGAUCGGGACUUCCCCGAAGGAAACGAGAUCACUCUUUAUGGCCAUCGGAGUCCUGUAACUUCCUUGAAAUCCCAGAUCAAGGUGACGUCCAAGUGGCGUCGAAGAGGCAUCGUUUAUGAAACUUUUCUUCGAACUUGGUGUACGGGAUCGUCUCAGACUUGACAAUGUGAAUACGGAGGCUAUAAGGUCCUGAAAUCCAUGAAAUCUCCAUCUUAAGAUAAUUUCUUUAUAGCUAUUUUCAACAAUUUUAAUAACAAAUGAUAUCUCGCGAGUUUCGGGACUUACCUUAGGGUCUUACCUUAUUCCUAUGGGAAGAUUUGAGACACAUUGGUGCACCCAAUUCGGAGGAAAGUUUCAUGAACUACUCACUCCUAAGGUGCCACUUUCACAUCCCCUUAAGAAGCUAUUGAUCCAGUUCCUCUCUUGUCAUAACUCUACUGGGCUUGCACGCAUCCGUAUCGGCUCGAAGGGCUGGAAAACUGUAAGUCCUUCCGGGAAUCGGGUUACGGACUACCAGGAAUAAAGGGGCUGAUAACGAGAAAUCUUAAGAGUACCGUGUAAUCGCCCGGGGCGAAAUUGCGGGCGUGGAAUUAGCGGUGACGUCGUUGGCAAAGAGGCCACAUCGGUUGACCCGGACCGCCUUUGGUUUCAAGGGCACCAAUUGCUCCCGAAUGUGAGGAUUCCUCCACUGCCAUGGAAACUACCUAAAAAGAGCCAGGACACCGUGCCAAAUACACUGCCAACUUCCGGACCGUCCUUGCGACGUACUUUCCGGUCGUAAAAUCCCGCUCGAGUCCAACUCGAGGAGCGAGGGAUUGUUCACUCAGGAAAUUAUGGAUUUUAAGGUGAUACAAACAGGUCGCUCUAUUAUAUCAAGACGUCCAAAUAUUUAUGUAACUUUUAUCCAAACUGGGCGCACAGAGUCAUUUGAAUCUUCGGCCCCUUAUUAUGCUAGCCCUUAGGAAGAACGCUAUACUCGUGAGAUUUCAUUUUUCACAGAAAAAAUGAUGUUUCACGAACAUCGCGUUCUUACUUAGGGCCUCUAUAAUCACGUGUUAAUGUUUCAGAUAAUUCGGUGCACCCAGUUCG